UUUUUUUCUUUACACGCUUUCUUUUUGCAUUUUACGUCUGUUCAGACAGGACAGGCGAUCGGUUCUACUCGUGCUACCGUGGAUGGCACAGUUCGCACCCAGCUCAUUGCCCACGACAAAGAAGUGUUCGAUAUUUCAUUUAGCAGGGCAAGCCGGGAUAUGUUUGCAAGUGUUGGUCAGUGGAAAUAUUCUAUCUUCAAUAAGAUGAAGAGAAAAACUUUGCCUAAUCAGCGUUUUUAUGUAUCUGUACAUCACCAUACCUUUGCAUUUACUUCAUUCGAGUCCUUAUUUUUGAAUUUUGGUGCAGGUGCUGAUGGUAGUGUCCGCUUGUUUGAUCUUCGGCAUUUGGAACAUUCGACGAUAAUUUACGAGGAUCCUCAGCGAACGCCGUUAUUGAGAUUAGCGUGGAAUCGGAACGAUAACAACUACAUAGCUACCUUUGCCUGUGAAAGCAACGAGGUGAUCAUCUUGGACAUGCGCAUUCCAUGUCAUCCUGUAGCAAGACUAGCAAAUCACCGUGCUCCAGUGAAUGGAAUCUCAUGGGCACCUCACUCAAGUACUCAUAUUUGUACAGCAGCCGACGAUGCCCAAGCUCUGAUAUGGGACGUGCACGAAAUACCCCGUCCAAUCCUGGAUCCCAUUUUGGCAUAUCAAGCAGCUGGAGAGGUCGGUUGUAUUUAA